CCCUGUAUAAAUUUUUUUAAUGGCUUGUGAUAUGAUAGUAUGAAUUUUCUUGCUAGAUGCUAAUGAUAAAUUUGGCAUCUGUAUUAGGUAUUAAUAAUACCUAUAUUAAUAAUAUUAGUAAUUGUGGAUAGUUAAUGAGUUGAUCUGCUCUCAUGCUCAUAUCUGAGAUCUUGUGGUGCCAUACCAUUCCUUUUUGAAUUAGAUAGGGCAUUUCCCCAUUUUUGAGUGUUACUUGUAAUCAUAACCUUAUUUUAAAGGUUUUAUAUUGUAAAUAUUUGACAAUAUAAAAUUAUUUUUAUGCAAGGUAAAAAAUGUAGAGUCUUAUUUUAGUUCAUAGAAUUCACAGGAGAAUAACUGGCUGGGCAAGGAAUACGGAUAGAUAGGGAUUUUUUUCCCCUUAAAAAUUUCCUGCUAAAUACAUCAGGUAAUCAACAUCCAAACCAAAUCUGAAGACUGCUACAGAUAUUACAGUUCAAUUUUAGUUAAAAAAGUGAAGAAAUCUUUUCAAAGUUCUUAUAGUCCAUUUUUAUUUUCUUGAUGAAAUGGUACUAGAUACCUGGUUAAUCAGAGUUUGUUUUUAUACUGGGGCAGUGGGGAGGAAUUGAACUUUGAUCCUAGUCAUUUAUAUACCUCCAUGGUGAAACUGAGCUCAUGUCAUUUAACAAUAUGUCUGUGCAUUAGGAAAACUUCUUAGUAGAGAAAAAUUAUGUCUAUAUGCAUAUAUAAAAUGUCUAAACUCAUCUGUUAUGAACAAAUGCUAAUGAGAGAGAAUUGUGCAUCCACGUACACUUUUUCUUGAAUUAAAGGAAAAAAACAGACACUGACAAAGGAGGACUGGACUGAGAAACAGUACCCUGAAUACUACAGAAAUGAAGAAGAGAGGCAGUGGGCAACAGAGAACUUUGUCUUGCUCAGAGAUCCCCAAAGAAUCCCUGUCCCCUCCCCCCAACCUCCUGGCAGAAUGUUGGGUUUCAAAGAAUAAGCAGAUUAACGGAUAUCAGGAGUAGCGUGGCGUGGGCUGAGGAUAAGGAUAAUUUGCCUGAGUUACGGUACUGGCUGCAUCAUUACAGAUCUACUUGUUAUAUCUCGGUGAGGGUGAAGGAAACUUAGCCGAGGAACACUGAAGCUGUUGCUGUUGGGAGGACCUCCUAUGGUAAGGAAGUUACUAAAGGCCGAAAGAGAAGAACAGAAAAACAGCCCCAAAGUCUGUAAGACUCAGAGUUGGCAGCUGCUACCCAUAAGGGAGCCAGCAUAGAUCUAGAGUUAAUACCUGAGUCUCUGAGACUCAACAUGCCCCGGAGAGCAGCUGCUGAGGGACACAGGCCCUGCAUCAUCAACUGACUCGCUAGGGCCAUGUCAGUGGCAGCCUCUGUGAGAGACUCUGGCUCUAUACUGCCUUCUCUAUGGAAAAACCAAGUGGCCUUGAAAGAGGGUCAGAUAAAGUUUCAGACUUGGGCUCAGAAGAGGAACUUGAGGCUGGGGCCAGUGCGAGGAUCUUCAUGUGUCAGGUUAGGGAUUGUGUUGCUGUUAGUGAUUUUUCUGCCAAGCAUGUACUGUGACCUGGGAUCUGUAUAUUACACUUUCUAUGAAAUAAUUAUUCCCAAACGGUGGACAGUCAAUGGAAAGGAAGACCCAGUGGAAAAGGCAUCCUAUAUGCUGCUGAUGCAGGGCCAGAAGCAGCUGCUUCACCUGAAGGUGAAGAGAGACUAUUUUGUGGAUAACUUUCCAGUCUUCAGCUACCACAAUGGCAUCCUGGGACAAGAGAUGCCCGUCCUCGCGCAUGACUGUCACUAUGAAGGCUACGUAGAAGGCGUCCCAGGUUCUUUUGUUUCUGUCAACACCUGUUCAGGCCUCAGGGGCGUCCUGAUUAAGGAGGGAAAAUCCUACGGCAUUGAGCCCGUGGGCGCUUCAAAAAAGUUUGAACAUGUGUUGUACACCAUGGCGCGUGAAGCUCGAAUCUCCUGUAGCGUCACUUCCAAAGACAGCCAAGUGGUGUCCACCAGCCAGCAACAAGGGAGCAGGAAGCCUCGCAGUGCACAGGCGCUGUCCUACUUGUGGUCACACACCAAGUACGUGGAGAUGUUUGUCGUGGUCAGCAACCAGCGGUUCCAAAUGUGGGGCAGUAACAUCAAUGAGACAGUCCAGAGAGUAAUGGACGUCAUUGCCCUGGCCAACGCCUUCACUAGGGGAAUAAACACAGAGGUGGUGCUGGCUGGAAUGGAGAUUUGGACCGAGGGGGACCUCAUAGAGGUCCCAGCGGACUUGCAAGUUACCCUCAGGAAUUUCAAUAGCUGGAGACAAAACAAGCUCUUCCAUCGUGUGAAGCAUGAUGUUGCCCACCUGAUUCUUGGACAUCGCCCUCAAGAGGACAUGGGACAGGCAUUUCUCAAUGGUGCCUGUUCCACUGGCUUUGCAGCAGCUGUUGAAUCCUUCCAUCAUGAAGAUGUCCUCCUGUUUGCAGCGCUCAUGGUCCAUGAGCUUGGGCACAACCUGGGUAUUCAGCACGACCACUCGGCCUGCAUUUGUAAAGAUACACACUUUUGCCUCAUGCAUGAAAACAUCACUAAAGAAAGUGGCUUCAGCAACUGCAGCUCUGACGACUUCUACCAGUUCCUCCUUGACCACAAAGGGGCCUGCCUAUUCAACAAGCCUCAGCACAAAGGCCGCGUGCGUAGGGAUGCUGAGUGUGGUAAUGGUGUGGUGGAGGAGGAUGAGCAGUGUGACUGUGGUUCUGCCUGUGACGAUCACCCCUGCUGUGACCCAGCAUGUAAGCUGAAGGAGGGUGCAGAGUGUAGCGAUGGACUCUGCUGUUUGAAUUGCCGAUUGAGCAAUGUAGGAUUCAUGUGCCGCCCUCCUUCGGGAGAGUGUGACCUCCCAGAGUAUUGUGAUGGUAACUCUGAAGCAUGCCCCACAGACAGCUACAAGCAAGAUGGUACAUCAUGUGAUUUAAUUCACUACUGUCUUGGGGGUCGGUGUAGGAACCCUGAUACUCAAUGCAUCGACAUAUAUGGGUAUCCUGCAAGGUCUGCCCCAGAAGACUGUUACAUAACUAUGAACAGCAAAGGGGACCGAUUUGGAAACUGUGGCCAUCCCACCUUGGCUAGGUCAAGAUAUGUUAAGUGUGUAGAUGAUAAUAUAUUUUGUGGGAAACUUAUCUGUACAAAUAUUAGAAAUGUACCACGACUCAAACCCCAACAUUCACUGAUCCAGAUCGCUCAUGAAGGUGACUUCUGCUGGAGCAUGGAUGCAUAUAACACUACUGAUAUCUCUGAUGAUGGAGAUGUGCACACUGGCACUCUUUGUGCCCCACGAAAAGUGUGUAUGAAUUACUCCUGCACUGAUCACACCGUGCUCAACUAUGACUGUGAACCAGCAGAAAUGUGUAAUGGGAAAGGAGUUUGCAACAAUUUAAGGCACUGCCAUUGUGAGGCUGGCUAUGCUCCCCCUGACUGCAGAGAUCCCGGAAAUGGGGGUAGUGUGGACAGUGGUCCUCCGGGCAAAAUAAUUUUUGCAAAUCUAAGUGCAGGUCUAACUGGCGGUUCUGCUAGGAGCAGGGAGGACAUUAAAAGUCUUGGCAUGAUAGUUUUCAUACUCCCUGUAUUUCUUAUACUGUUAUUGUUAAUUUUAAUACUUAUCAUUAGCCUCAGUGCUGGAAUUGAGUCAGUAGAGACCCCAGGGGGCUCCACAAUCUUGAGCUCAGAGGAAUCUACUGAGGUUCCUGCAGAGGAGGCCCCACCCCCAGAGGAGGCCCCACCCCCAGAGGAGGCCCCACCCCCGGAGGAGGCCCCACCCCCAGAGGAGGCCCCACCACUGGACCAGGCCCCACCACCAGAGGCCCCACCACCGGAGGCCCCACCACCGGAGGCCCCACCACCGGAGGCUCCACCACCGGAGGCCCCACCACCGGAGGCCCCACCACCGGCCCAAGAAACGCCUGCACCAUAA